AUGAGGAUGAAGAAGAAGAAGAAGAAGAGGAUGAAGAAGAAGAAGGAAGAAGAGGAUGAGGAUGAGGAAGAAGAAGAAGAAGAAGAGGAGAGGAUGAGGAUAAUGAAGAAGAAGAAGAUGAAGAAGAAGAGGAUGAGGAUGAAGAAGAAGAAGAAGAAGAAGAAGUAGGAUGAAAAUAAGAAGAAUUCCAGUCCAGCAAAAAGUGUCCCUGCAGAGAGCUCCGCUAUUUCUGACAGUUCUCUGACAGUUCCUUCACAUUUACAGCGGUUGCAACAAUGUAUCUAUUUGUUUCCGAAUAAA